UCCCGUUCCCAUCUUCUACACCCUCUACAUCUCAUCACAUUGAGCUUCACCAGCCAUCCAGCAUGGAGAAAUCGACUCUUCCCACCUCGGUGGAGCCCAUCGCAUCUCGCCCAGCUCAUAAACACUCCGCCCUCCGCAAAGCGACCAUUGCCGCAGCUGUGCUCAUCGGUCUACGGACGCUAUUCUACUCCAGCGCCGCCGCUGCCUCACUCUUCCCAUUCCCAUCCUCCGAGUCGCCUCUCAGCUCCUCCACGCCAAAGUGCCAGCAAGUCCCCGCCCUCUUCCCCGCUCAGGACGAGAAGCUCCAGCAAGCCUUUGAGUACCUUUCCACUCCUGAAUCUGUCAACGCCUCCAUCAUCCGCCUCUCCGGCGCCGUGCAAAUCCCGACGCAGUCCUUCGAUGAUCUUGGCCCAAUUGGCGAGGAUAAAAGGUGGGAAGUCUUCGGCCCGCUGCACAAGUACUUUGAAGCCACAUUCCCUCGCAUCCACUCGGAGUUGAAGGUGGAAAAAGUCAACACGCAUGGACUGCUGUAUACUUGGCAUGGAUCGGACAAGGCCCUCAAGCCAUUGGUGCUGAUGGCGCAUCAGGAUGUCGUGCCGGUGGAUCCAGACACGGUGGACUCGUGGACGUACCCGCCGUGGAGUGGACAUUUCGAUGGAGAGAAUGUUUGGGGAAGAGGAGCGUCGGAUUGCAAGAAUUCGCUGGUGGGAAUUAUGGAGUCCGUGGAGGUAUUGCUUGAUGCGGGCUUCAAGCCGAAGAGAACGAUUGUUAUGUCGUUCGGGUUUGACGAGGAGUGCUCUGGUGCCCAAGGAGCGGGUCAUUUGUCGAAAUUCUUGCAUGAGCGGUAUGGAGAUGAUGGUGUUGCUGCUAUCGUGGACGAAGGGAUGGGAUACCAAAAAGCGUUCGGCAUGGGAUAUGCGGUCCCUGGCGUUGCUGAGAAGGGAUACACCGAUGUGGAAAUCGAGGUGAGGACGCCAGGAGGCCACUCCUCUGUCCCGCAAGACCACACGAGCAUCGGCAUCCUGAGCGAGGUCAUCACCAAGAUCGAGAGCGUCAAGUACCCGACCUACCUCGCACAGGAGAACCCAUACUUAGGUUUUCUUCAAUGCGGCGCCGAGUACGCUCCCGACUUUCCCAAGAAACUCAAGAAGCUCCUCAAGAAACACCACGCCAAAUUCUCCUCCGACGAGGACAUUUGCCCUGCAGCCAAAAAGCACACCGACCGCCUCGCACAAGAAGCCGCCUCUCUCGGCCUCGACGUCAGAUACCUCAUGCAAACCUCUCAAGCCGUUGACCUUAUCUCCGGCGGCAAGAAGACCAACGCCCUCCCCGAGUCCGCCACAGCCAUCGUCAACCACCGCAUCAACAUCGGCGACUCCCCAAAAAUUGUUUACGACCACCUCUCUUCCCUCAUCCACCCGAUCGCCAAAACGCACAACCUCACUCUACACGCUUUCGACGGCACCAAAGCGGCAUACAACUCCAUCUCGCUCUCCGCGCGCAACACAACUCUCAACGUCGCGCCUGUGACGCCUACGAAUGUCGACGCCGUGACUCCCUACGCUGUGCUGUCGGGGACGAUCAGAGCGCUGUACGGCGAGGAGACGAUUGUCGCUCCGGCGUUGAUGACGGGUAAUACUGAUACAAGGUACUAUUGGGACUUGACGAGGCAUAUUUUCCGCUUUGGGCCGGGAUAUGUGAAUGAGAAAGAUUGGGGUAUGGGCAGGAUUCAUACGGUUGAUGAGAGAGUUAGUGUUAGUAAUCAUGGGAAGGUUGUUAAGUGGUAUGCGCUGUGGAUUCAGAAUGUGGAUGGGGCGAGGUUUGAGGGGGAGUAG